AUGGCAACCAGAGUAAUUCCAACGCGCGGUGGUGGUCAAGGUAAACCCGCUUCAGCCACCGGACUGCCUAACCAAACUUUGUAUUGUACCAAUCUCCCAGACAAGCUGCGCAAGCAUGACCUACGGUUAUCCCUCUAUAUGCUUUUUUCAACCUACGGCACCGUUCUCGAUGUUGUCGCCAUGAAGACCCAAAAGAUGCGCGGUCAGGCCCAUAUUGUUUUUAAAGAUGUCCAGGCUAGCACACAGGCUAUGCGGGCCCUCCAGGGGUUUGAGUUUUUCGGCAAACAAAUGAAAAUUGUGUAUGCUAAGGGUCCCUCGGACGUCAUUGCCCGGCUGCGCGGAACGUAUAAUGUGCCCACUACAACAUCUGCCGGUCAAACCACGGGAGCAUCCACAGAGCUCCAAAAAUCGAUAUUUAGCGGCCCCCCAGGAUCGGCGGCUUUGCCGUCGAAGCCCAGCGGAGAAGUCAAUGGAGAAGCUCAAGCAGGCCAAGGUGUCAAACGGCCUCGUGAGGAGGAGAGUGACGAAGAGGAAGCCCCUAUGGACGAGGACAGUGAUGUGCCAAUGGAAGCUUCAUCGGAUGAAGAUUAA